AUGAAAGACUGCUGUCGAAUUUCGGAAAACACACACAAAAACUGGGCAAUUAUAUCUGGCGCCAGCCGUCACAGUGUAACAUCUGAAAUUUUAAGCUCUAAAUGUAAGAAGGUAUCAGAAGGAGCAAUCAGAAUGCUGCAAAUUAGUCGUGAGAAUAUCAAAGUGGCACGAGAAACAAGCCCACAAUUUAGUACAACAACACCCCAGAUUAAGAAAACUCUAUUAAAUGAUAAAAAAAAAAGGAAAAGAAAAAGAGCUAGGAACAAAAAUAAAAUUCAGAACAUAAGAAAAGAAUUUAAAGAGAAUGAGCAACUUGUUGACGGUAGACAGCAAAUGAUUGCCACACCUUCACAAAAGCCAGCAAACCCAAUUGAUAGAAAAAAAAAGCUUUUAACAAAAUCCGUUCCCAACGGCAUGCUAAAUCCUCUCGGAACCACUGCUCAAAACUCGAACGUAAAAAUUGGCAAGGCUCCCAGAAAGCUAGCCGUGUCAAAAGUUAGAAAAGCAAAAUCAACAACCAUAAAGCUUGGAGAGAGGAAGAAAGAUUCCAAAUUUUCUAGUACUAUCGGCCCUAAAAUUGAUAUCAUUUUUAAAUCAGAUGCGAACCAGAAAUCUGCUUCAAGUGAUAAACAGAUCGAGAAAAUUCAAGAAUCGUGUAAUACUUUAACGCGUUUUAAGCAAAAGCGUCUCAGAAAGCGCUUGAAAAAGACUUUAUUUCAAAGUAAUCUGAAGAGUGACUAA